AUGAAAUGGUUGAACAAGAAAGGAUUGUUCUCACUUCUGAUUACUUUGAUCGUUGUGAUCUUCCUGUCCUCUGCAACCGUGUCUGCUGCUCGACCAGAACGUGUUCGUACGACGCUUGCAAUUGGGACACGUUCCACGGCCGGACCAUUGGAGUCCAACUGGACAACCGAAGGAUUCCUGUUGAUUAAGGAUGGCACAGACAAAGCGCGUUAUGUGCACCCAUCCAACACACUUUUCAACCUUGGCCAUCCAAUCGCGUUGCGUUCACGGCAUCAUUACGGUAUCAGGCCCAACAUUACCGGACACCAGGCAUUCACCCUCAUCGACAUCACAGCCAAGUAUCUGCAGGAAUUAACAACAUCCGCUGAAUUGAUUCUCGGUCAUAGUGUCAACUUUGUUGGUAUCCUCUCGCCAGAUGGACAAAGCCUACGGACCACGACAAAGGAAAUCAUCGGUGAUGGGUUCAGAGGGAACUACACCUUGCUUGAGAGAGUUUAUGUUGGUAGAUACACUGAACGGAUAGUGAUUGAGUUGAGGGAGGUGAUGGAGAAAGCCUUAAAUGCUGCAGGACUGCAACGCCAAAAAAUCUCUUCCCACGUGUACAGGAAAGCCUCUGCCGCCAUCGGUUUCUUUGAUCAAGGCAUGGAGUACAGUCGAAACGUUCUUGUCUAUCGUCUCGGUGGCUCGACAUUCGAGGUCUCAGUCCAUGAAGUUGACGACGAUUCCAGUUACGCCAUGUCUUCCGUCUAUGAUCAACACCUGGGCGGAAACGAUUUCAAUCAACGCGUCGUCGACCAUUUACUCCUGGCCCACAAGAACAAGACCGGUCAUGACCUCUCCAGUGACGACAAGUUUCUCCUUCGACUGGGAAACGAAGUCGAAAAGGCCAAGCGAAUGCUCUCUGUCCACGACUGUGUUCGGAUCGAAAUCGAGUCCCUCCACCCUGGGGUUCAAAGUCUCUCCGAAAAGUUGACUCGGCCUCAGUUCGAGGAUCUCAAUAUGGAUCUCUUUACCAAGACCAUCACGGCGAUCGAUCAGGCUAUCAAGGACUCUGACGAGUAUACCAAGAAUGACAUCCAAGACAUCAUGUUCUCCGGUGGAUCUACCAAUAUCCCCUUCCUUCAGUCGACCAUCCGAGAGUAUUUUGGCCGCCAUAAGAGAUACCAUGGAUCGAAUCACCCUGAAACCACCGUCGUGUUUGGUGCGGCAAAACUUAGUCAUUGGUACCUGGACGAAAGGCGGUCUGGCGGCGGCGUGUGUUGCUUUAUGGAAAGUCCAGGAGCCUUUGGCAUCGAGACAGCCGGCGGAGUGAUGUUCAAAUUUGCGGCUCAGUACGCCGACGUAAAUACCAACAAGAUGUACACGUUUUCCACCGCGAUGGAUAAUCAGGACCGAGUGGUCGUCCGGGUCUUUAGUGGAGACGGAACACGGACGAGUCAGAAUAUAUUCCUAGGUGGAAUCGAGCUCACAGGCAUUGCGCCGGCUCCCAAGGGCGUUCCAGAGAUCCGUGUGAGACUUCGCGCUUACUAUUGUGGCAGUUCUAUCGAUCUGCAUGUCAUGGACGUGGCCUCUGGGAGGAUCAAUGAGACGACACUCUCACCCUUUAAGGACUAUGGGGAGGAGACCAUAUACGAGAUGUUGGAAGCAGGAGUCAUCUUCUUGGAUGUGAACGCGGAGGAGGCUGCCGGAAGAGUGUCUGUCCAAUCAGACGGCAAGUGCACAAUAUACACUCCUUACUCUUACAGCAAAAUCGAUCAUGGCUAUGCAGCCCUGAAUACCCUUCAAAAACUACAACAAGCACGGUCAACAGAUCCCAACACCUCACAACCACUGGCAACCUACAAACUUAUCGAGGACUCUAUGAAGGGGUAUGCCAGAAGUCUUGUGAGAGGUAUCCUUCGCACCGAGCAUGUUGAGAGGGAUGAAAACGGCGAACAGAUCUGUUCGGGCCGCGAUGUUUCAACAAACAGCAAUGCCACGAACUACUACACUGUUGCAGAGCAUAUUCGAUGCUUGCUCUAUGCUUGGCGCCAACCUGUCAACAGUCGCAGUAUUAUGAUUCGUGAGCACUUUGUACCGCCGGUACGACAUAGUGUGCUGUUGAGGAACGAGAAUGUGCGUUUCCUGGGUAUCUCCGACUGCUCGAUGGACACCUUUGUAAAGCAGCCCGGAGGAACUCAGGAGGUGGUGUCGUUAGUCUUUUCUAUGAGAAUAGGAAAGUCAAACACAACCGGAAAUGUUCAACUUGGCAAGGCUGUGCGACAUGCCGAUGUUCGUCGGUGCAGCGUUGGCGCAUUUGCCUUUUACAUGUUUGAGCGAUUUCAGGCAGAUAUCUCUGUUUUAUUAUUCUUCCUUGCCAGGGAUUCUAUCUGUGUGUAUCUUUCUUUUAUUGUCUACGGUGCUUGA